CAAAGUCUACAUGUGAAGGCUUUCGCAAUGAGCAGCUCGCGAUCGCCUCCGAUUUGGGCUCCGAUUGCCGUCGUCUUGCCGAACGGACAGCAAGUAUGGACGAUGUACGACCACCAGGCCGGACGCCAUCAAUUGUUUUGUGACCUUCACGGAAAAUCAAUCAAGCUGACAGUGUAUGCCAACCCCUACCCGCCAUUCGAGCAUCAUAGCUCGAAAGGCUGCAAGGCCAGCCGAUCGGAGCAGCAUGCAGCUGGAAUAGUUUAGAAUAGGCGACAACAGAGUUUACUUCCGAACGAGGCCAAGUACUAUCACUGAGACAACCAUGCUCACCCUCGAUGAGGACGCGCUUCGCCAGCUUCUCAUGUACCUCGCCAUCCCUGAUUUACUUGCAAUGAGACAAACCUGCAAGCAGAUUGAAAUCCUUACUCGAGAUCCCCAGUUGUGGAUUCACAUCCGUCGUCGUGUUGCCACAGCACCACACAUCGCUCUUCCCGCAUAUCACAAAUUGGUCUCCGCCCUGUCUGGUUCUGAGGUGGAAGCACUCGUCUCGCAUGCCCUCCGGCUAACCGACACUUUGUAUCGCCCAAAUCCUUCCGGCAUGAACGUAAUCAAAGCCCCUUCGAUUCCUCUCCACCAACCACGCUCCGUGACUUGGGUCAAGUUUGUUCGAGAUCAGCUCGUCGUCGUCGCCUCGUCGGAUGCUCACAAGAGCUCUCUUACUCUCUGGUCCAUCCCAGAGCUGCUCCAAAGUGAGAGAACUAUGGCAUCGUUGACAGAAUGUCACCUUCCGUGGCCUGUGUACCGUGGUGCGUCAGAUUCACAAAGCGACGGCGCAGUAUUUGCACUUGAACUUCGGUGCAGGUGAGACGCUA